AUGGGAGUAAGUGACGGAAAGUUCAACUUCGUUGGAAAGCUGUUGGGGCCCAAGGGAAAUUCCUUGAAGAGGUUGCAGGAAGAAACGAUGACGAAGAUGGCAGUUUUGGGCCGUGGAUCUAUGCGGGACAAACAUAAGGAAGAGGAGCUGCGCGCGUCGACGGACCCGAAGUACGCGCACUUCAACGACGACCUGCACGUGGAGAUCACAGCGUUCGCGCCCCCGGCCGAGGCGCACGCACGCAUCGCCUACGCCCUGGCCGAAGUGCGCAAGUUCAUGGUGCCGGACUACAACGACGAGAUCCGCCAGGAGCAGAUGCGCGAGAUGCAGAUCCUGAACACGGCGGGCGCGGGCGCGCUGCCGGCGGACGUGGCGGCGGCCGUCUCGGCCGCGUCCAGCCCGGCGCCCUCGCAGUCGCCCAGUCCGCCCAAGCCCCGGGGGCGGCGCGGGCGGCGGCGGGGCGGCGGAGGCCUGGGGGCGCCGCCUGCGCUCCCGCACGCGCUGCGGCGCCGCCGGGCUGGCGGCGGCGGCGGCGGCCGCGGCGGCGGCGCGGCGGGCGGCGCCGCCCUGGGCUCCCCGCUGGGCAAGGGCGGCGGGGCCGCGGCAGCAUCCUCUCCAUCUUGGCCGGCCGGCCGCGCGCCGCCCACGCCGCGCACGCCGCCGACCCGGGCGCCGCCGCGCGGCCGCCGCCGCCGCGGCCUCGUCGUGUGCGGCUCGUCCCCGAGGAGGAGGGGCCGCCGCGCGCCGCCGGCCGGGCGCCCCGCGCAGCGUGCUACGCGCUCUAACAGGCUAGCGGGCCGCCGCGGCGGCCGCCGCCGGGGGCAACGGAUCUCGCGAGCGCUGGCGCUGGCGCUGGCGCUGGCUGCAGAAGGCCGUGUAAUGCCCGUGCGCGAUGGGCUGGCUACCAAUCUGGCCCAAAUGGCACUUGCAUACGGCCUGCUGGAGAGCUUCGCCAACGGGAAUGGCAUCUUGACAGCAGAUACCAUGGAGGACAUCGCGGCCAGCCAGGAGGCGGGCGCCAACGGCCAGCAAGGUGAGUGCCCUGCCCCGCGCGCGCCCAAGCGCUUCAGCAUUUUAUGUCGUUUCGUUUCUCUGUGA